CAGGAGAAAAUUCCGACAACAACAAUGAUAACGAAAACGUUAAAACUGAUGAUAGUAUACCGUCGAAUAUUCAACAAGGGGAAGGUAUUUGUAUUUGUGUAUUAAAUAGAGAUCCAUAGUUUGUUUUGAUAUGGUCUGUAAUAAUCUGACGUCAUGUACUUAUGUGACGUCACUUGUAUAUAGCUAGCAUUCCAUGGAUAUUAAAUUUAUUUUAGAUAAUUGGUUUUAAUUAGUUUAAGUUACUUCAUAUAGACAAUGCCCGACGAACCUCCAAUCAAAACAAGGGAAGGAUGGAAUAACCUGACGUCAUGUACUUAUGUGACGUCACUUGUAUAUAGCUAGCAUUCCAUGGAUAUUAAAUUAUUAUUGUGAUAACCACUCAAAGAGUGUGCUUCGUAUUAUCAUUCUAAUUAUUUAUAUAUAUUAAUUUAAACAAAUAUAUUUACUAAAACUACAAAAUAAUCUAAUAAAUGAACCACGGAAGUUGUUUUUAUAAUAGCAAAUCCAAACAACAGUUUGGAAGGAAUGUCUUUCUCAUGUUUAUCUAAAGAGUUCCACCAUUCAAUCGCCCUAAAUCUAAAUGAUCUGGCAAAAAAAGUUGUUCUCAAAACUCUUAAAAUUAGGUUUCUUCACCUCUUUAUAGGCAUUUCGAAUUUUUAAAGGCUAAAAAUAUUGAUUAACUGGUUCACCAGAGUUUAUUAUUUCACGUGUAACAAGCAAGGUUCUAAUAUUAUAUAUCAUCUGCUUCAGUUACCGAUAGUAAUAUUGAAGACGUCUCGAAUGACAAGGAAAAGUCCAUCAUGCCAACAUCACAUGAAAGUAAGUGUAAGGAAAAAGAAACUGGAAGUGCAGAAAACGAACAGGACACUUCACAAAACAAUCCUACUAAAGAACGUUUCGAUAAUCACGACAACGAGAAAAACCAAGCUAUAGCUAUAGCUGGGGAUGAUAUUAAGCCUGCUGGUGACAAUCUUCGAGACAGCCAGAACGAAGACAGUAAUCUACAGACAGAAGAUGACCCGAAUAAAAAGAGUAAAUCCACAACACCAACAUCACGUGACGAUGAGUGCCAGAAACAGCAGACUGAGAUUAUGGACGUGGACGACGGCCAAUUCUCAAGAAGCGUUACUCAGAAUGAAGGUGAAGAAGACCUUUCAUCAAAUAACUCGGAAGGAAAAGAUUUAAAUCGUGAUGAUGGUGAGACUGGCCCAGCUAAAACUGACAAUGGUACAGCAUUUGCUGAUGAGGGCUUACGAGACGAACAAUACAGACAGUCAGAUAUUUCAGAAGAAGAAAAUACCGAUAGUAAUCUUGAAAACAAACAGGACCCUUCAUCGAAUAACUCAGGAGAAGAUUUAAACAAUGACCACGACAAAGCCCAAGUUCAAACUGCCAGUGGUACAACAUUUGCAAGUGAGGGUUCACGAGACGAACAAAUUACAGGAGAUGGUACAGACAGUAAUCUACAGGAAACGUCACAGAAUAACUACUCUGCAGAAUAUUUUGGCAAAGAUAACGACAAUGAUGAAUGUGGUACCAAUAUUGCACUUGGUGAUAUUUCCCACGACGAACAGAACAGAGAGUCAAAUAUCCCACAGGGAGAUGUCGACAGUAGUUUGAAAGACAAUUCAACGGAAAAGAGCAAGCCCACUACACCAACAGCACAUGGAGAUGACGAUAAGAAAAAGCAAGCUGAUUUCAUGGAUAUAAAUAGCGACAAACGGUCGACAAGCGAUUUACAGGAAGAAAAUGAACAGGGCCCUUCACAAAGUAAUCCAGCAGGAAAUGAUUUAGGCGACCAUCAUGAUGAAAAAGAACAAGUUAAAGCUGAUAAUGAUACUGGCCAAAGCGUACAGCCAAAUAUUUCACAGAGAGAUGUCAAAAGUGAUUUAAAACAAAGCUUGGAUGAAGAUUCGGAGAACUAUUCCCUUACAAAACAAAGCAAGAACAACAAUGAAACUGAGAGUAAAGAUGGCGAGGGACAUACAGAAAACGAUCAUGACACGACGAUGACCGCUAAUGACGAUGGGGAAUUGGAUGGUGCUAACAGUUCUGAUGAAGAAAUGUCGUCAGAAAGCGACAAAAAUAAGAAUGCGACAGAAAGUCAUAAUGUAACAACAACUGAGAAUUCAGGAUUCGAGCGUGAAGAUAAACCAGAUGAGAAUGAAGAACACCAAAUCGCUUUGAACGAUGGGGAAUUAGGUGGUCCUAACGUUUGUAAUGAAAAAAUACUAUUCGAAGAUAAUGUUAAAAAUGUACAAGAAAGUCCUAAUAUGACCAAAGAUGUGGAAGAUCAAGAUCACAGUGCCAUAUCAAAUACUUCAAAACCAGCGGACGGCCCUAAUGAGACACAAGUUGAAAGCAUGGAGGUCGGUUUUUCUUCAGAUGGAGCGACAGAUGUUGUUCAAGAUCUUAGUGAGGAAGAGAAUAUACAGGAUCAAAAACAGAAUGACAUAAUGACAUCAAAACAAGAGGGUGAACCUGAUGGUACAAAAGUUGAAAUCAUGGAAGUCGACAACGAGCGUUUGUCCUCAGAAAGCAGGGAGACAAACGUUGAUCAAGAUGCUUUAGAGAAGGACUCAGCAUUGCCACGCUUCGAUGAUGAAGAAAUAAAAAAUGUUGACACAAGCGUUUAUGAAUCAACUGGUUGUGCACAAUUUAAGUCCCAGAUACUACUGCCAAGAAACACAGAAAAAGAAGAUCGAUGUGUGAAAAAAGAUGGAGGGGAAAUUUCGAAAGAAGAGAUAAAAGGGAGUGGAGCAAUACAGAGUUUUUCGGAAGAAACAGCAAAACCUGAAGGUGAUACUAGCAAGAUUGAUAACUCUGAAAAUCUGUUGGCAACCGAGAGAACGGAUGAACGUACUGAGGGUUCAGGACAACAGAAUGAACAGCCAAUAGAAAAUUCAGAUAAUCAGCCAAAAUCGCCUGACAUGUGGAAUGAAAUAGACGACAUAUUCACGACUAUCAAUAAAGAUUUACAAGGCAACGAUGACAGUGAAAGUAAGUCGAUGAAUGGACAGGCUAAUAAUAAACCGAAGGAUAAGACAGCGAUGCUAAACAUGGCAAGUGAAAGUACGGAUGAUUCAAAUACAAACCAAGAAUUAGAAAAUCCAGUGAAGGACAAUGUAGCAGAUUUAGAAACACAAGACGAUGAUGAGAAUGAUUGUAAAAUCAUGGAUGGACAGAUUGAUAAACUGAAUAAGAUAUCGCUUCCGAAUACAGCAGGUAAAGGGAUUGGAGUAAAUUUAAAAGCACAAGUCGAUGACGAGAAUAAAAAUAUGACCACAGCAAAAGACGGAGAGACUGAGAAUAAAUUGAAUAACAUACCGGUGCAAGACGAAGUACAAGAAAGGAUCGCAGAGUGCAAAAACAGUCAGCCGAUGCACGGAAAACCUUCAGACAAGAAUAGAAACAGCAAACAAAGUCGUUCCAUUUAUGACCCUAUUCCACAUGAACAAGAAUUCAUAAACAACGAUAAAAAGGACAAGGAAGAUACGAAGAUUGGAACAGAAGCCACGGAUCACACCUUUAAAGAACAAGAAACAGAGUUCGAACGGAAGGAAUGGCAUAAUAACAGUAAACAAGAUCUGUUGGAGAAUGAAUCCAAAGACGCGACCAAGAAAGAGUUUGAUGAGCAGAUAAAACCAUUUGAAAGUAUUGCUUCGGAAAAUGACAAGAACAGAGAGAUCGUUAAUGAAAAUCGGUUAAGUAAGAACGGUUCUAAUGUCUCUGAAAUUAUUGUAGACCAAAAUAAAGUGGACAGUGAGGUCACCCAGAAGCAACAAAAAGAAAUAGAGCAAAUUGAAACUCUUCCAAAUGAAGGGCAAAUUGAACCCGAAAAUAAAGGAGACAAAAGUAUUGAAGUUCAAGAGGAAAUAGAAAUUGAAAAUACAGGAAAAAAGAAAGGAGAAGAAAGCACGAAAUCGGAAGAGAAGAAUAAGGCGACGGGGAAAAGUGAGAAAUCUAAAGUAGUGGAAAGUAACGAUAGCGAAACUGAAAACAACAGAGAAAACGUGGUCGAGAAAAAGAAAUGGUUUUCCGUAAAGAAAUUGAAAUUUGGGAAUUCCAAAAACAAGAAAAAAGACAUGACAACUUCAGAAUUAACAGGAAAUGAGGACAGUGAUGGAAAGAAACAGAAAGGAAAGGGAAAAUCGAAAGAGAAGAAAAGAAGUAUUGAAGUUCAAGAAGAAGUACAAAAUCCAGGGAAAAAGACAGGAAAAGAAAACAAGAAAUCGAAAAAUAAGGCGACGGGGAAAAGUGAGAAAUCUAAAACGACCAAUGAAAGUAUUGAUGCCAUAAAAGUAGUGGAAAGUAACGAUGGCGGAACUGAAAACAACAGAGAAAACGUGGUCGAGAAAAAGAAAUGGUAUUCCAGGAAGACAUUGAAAUCUGGGAAAUCCAAAAACAAGAAAGAAGACAUGCCAACUUCAGAAUUAACAGGAAAUGAAGACAGUGAUGGAAAGAAACAGAAAGGACAGGGGAAAUCGAAAAAGAAGAAUAGAAGUAUUGAAGUUCAAGAAGAAGUACAAAUUGAAGUUGAAAACACAGGAAAAAAGAAAGGAAAAGAAAGCAAGAAAUCGAAAAAUAAGAAUCAGGCGACGGGGAAAAGUGAGAAAUCUAAAGUAGUGGAAAGUAACGAUAGCGGAACUGAAAACAACAGAGAAAACGUGGUCGAGAAAAAGAAAUGGUUUUCCAGCGGGAAAUCUAGGAAAUCCAAAAACAAGAAAGAAGACAUGCCAACUUCAGAAUUAACAGGAAAUGAAGACAGUGAUGGAAAGAAACAGAAAGGACAGGGGAAAUCGAAAAAGAAGAAUAGAAGUAUUGAAGUUCAAGAAGAAGUACAAAUUGAAGUUGAAAACACAGGAAAAAAGAAAGGAAAAGAAAGCAAGAAAUCGAAAAAUAAGAAUCAGGCGACGGGGAAAAGUGAGAAAUCUAAAGUAGUGGAAAGUAACGAUAGCGGAACUGAAAACAACAGAGAAAACGUGGUCGAGAAAAAGAAAUGGUUUUCCAGCGGGAAAUCUAGGAAAUCCAAAAACAAGAAAGAAGACAUGCCAACUUCAGAAUUAACAGGAAAUGAAGACAGUGAUGGAAAGAAACAGAAAGGACAGGGGAAAUCGAAAAAGAAGAAUAGAAGUAUUGAAGUUCAAGAAGAAGUACAAAUUGAAGUUGAAAACACAGGAAAAAAGAAAGGAAAAGAAAGCAAGAAAUCGAAAAAUAAGAAUCAGGCGACGGGGAAAAGUGAGAAAUCUAAAGUAGUGGAAAGUAACGAUAGCGGAACUGAAAACAACAGAGAAAACGUGGUCGAGAAAAAGAAAUGGUUUUCCAGCGGGAAAUCUAGGAAAUCCAAAAACAAGAAAGAAGACAUGCCAACUUCAGAAUUAACAGGAAAUGAAGACAGUGAUGGAAAGAAACAGAAAGGACAGGGGAAAUCGAAAAAGAAGAAAAGAAGUAUUGAAGUUCAAGAAGAAGUACAAAUUAAAGUUGAAAAUCCAGGGGCAAAAGGAAAAGAAAGCAAGAAAUCAAAAAAGAAAAGCAAAGGUGUUCAAGGUUAGAUAGUGCAGAUGAACUAAAAUAUUCUUUGGUUUACAUAAGCAUAAAAUUAACUCCAUAACUUAAUAGACGUUUCAAAGGGAACGAUAGGAUUGGAAGUAAAUCAUUGACGAACUAUAUGUAGAAUAUCAGUACGCUGGUGAAUGAAUAUUAAAUCCACUAAAUCUUUG